ACAACACAAGAUAUGUUGUCUUAGGGAGAUUCCAGAAAUCUGAGAUGACUCUAUCUGUCACCUGGCGAUGUGGAAUGCUAAACCUGAGAGGGAAGACAGGACCACAGGAGAACUGUUUCACACCUUUACUCUCAGUUACUCACCCAGCCACCGCCAGACGCUUUGCCCAGGAUGUGGACGUUUCUCUUGGGGGUCACCUUUGGAUUACUGGCCUCCACCAGGUCAGAACAACUUCAAGUGAAUUUCCGAGGCUGCAGCUUUAAAGGGGUAUUUCUUGUUGAGGGAGCGAACCGUCACUCCCUGAACUUUGACAUGGCUCAAAAGGUGUGUUUGCAGCUGGACAGCAUCAUGGCAACUCUAGAUCAACUCAGGGAGGCCUUUGAUAUAGACAUGGAAACAUGCAGGUACGGUUGGACCAGCAAUAUGAGCACUGCCAUCCUCAGACACACGGCCCAUGAAAACUGUGCUCUGAACAUGACUGGCUUCAUCACUAAUCCACGUACAGCUGAAGAACUCUAUGAUACUUACUGCUAUGAUGAUAAAGCUGCCUCUGCAAAAGACUGUACGAAAGCCUUUAAAUCACCGGCAUACGUACCCUCAGCUGCACCAGCCUCACCGCAACCGCAGGCCCCAACAACAGCAGAUGACCUGGAAGAUACCACUCCGAAAGCACGAACCGAGGACGCUUCUGGUGGCGAGGGUGGUGACACCACAGUAUCCCCUGGGGAAGAUGCUGUUGGGGAUGUGAUCGAAUUUACACCAACAGUCACCACUCCUCUCACCGAAGUGAGUGAUCGAGAUGACUCAGAUGCUUUCACGGAGGUCACUUUUGUGGAAACAAACCCAUUUGGAGAGAGGGAGAACAGCAGUGUGGGGUCCACUUUCACUCCUGGACAGUACGACCAGCCCGCUGGAUCUGGAAUGAUGCCGACCCACUAUGAGGAGGAGACAGUCACUCCAAUGGCCCCUGAUGGAGAGCCAGAGGAAACACAUCUUCCCACUGAAACAAAUCAACAUGAGACAAUUGGGUCUGUUGCUGAUGAUGAGGUUCCAAAACAACAACCCAAUGACAGAUUGGAUCAAGGUCAACAGGAGAGCAGCAGUUCAAACUGGCUGGUAAUCCUUUUAGUGAUCGUGGCAGUUGCUGCUAUCCUCCUCGUGUGUGCAGCUGUUGUCAAAAGAAAAAGCUGGUGCGGCAAACAGCAGACCCUGAUGAUCACAUCCAAAGACGGCGGCGAAGGGAACGGCGCUGCAGCAUCAGCAUCCAGCUCCCACGCCCAGGAGAGAGAGCAGGAAAUGGUCACCCUCAUGAACAAGGAGAAGAUCCAGGAAAACGGCAACACGGAGGAGUUCACCGUCAUCACGCUAGAGGAGUCGCCAGAUAAAGAACAGCUGGCGUGAGAGAGGAGUGUAGAAGCAGGCAGGAAAGCGUAGGUGAUGAUAGGGAGGAAUGUAGUGAGGAGAUGGUUGGAGCUCCAAACACUGGUAAAGAACUGCUUUGGUGGCCAGCACUGAGAAAGAGUAUAUGUGUGUGUUAUUUAGAAAGAUUGUGGUUCAAAGUGUUGUACUGGGUGUGAAGCUGUUGCCUCUCAGUGGGUCUUUCAAACCAACAUGUGCAGCAUUUUGUUUGUCCGGUAUGCCAGGUUAGUUAGGGCGGUCAGAGAGCGUCAUGCAUGGUGGGGUAAUGUGCAUUGGUGCAUAGCAGGGUGUGUGAAUGUGUUUUGUGUCUUUGUGUUUGUGAGCUGUAUGCUUUGUUGUCCGUGGGGCUGGAUAGAUGGGUUAUAAAGGGAGGGGGUGGUGAGGGUCUCAUUUGUGAAGAACAUAUUGAUGACAAUUUUUUUUUCUUAAUAGAAUUGGUGAAUCCUAAAUUGAUUGAGCCUAAAUGGGAAAUAAUAGAUCAAUGGCGAUGACAUUUUAUUUGAGAUACUGCAAAUAGAAAAAAUAUAUAAUUUCAAGCAAAAAGACCCUUGAUGUUUUUCACAUGUUUCAUUUAUUUGUUUUGUUUACUUAUUGUUGUAACCUUGUGUAUAUUUCAGACAUUGCCUGUGGACUGGAGUUUGGGUUUUUCCAUUUUCAAGACAACUGGGGAUGUCACUACCUUAAUUUAUGCAGCUUUGAUUCCCUUUUUCUUGUUCUCUGUAUAUAAAGUAUAUGUUUUUGGAAAUGCCUUAGCAAUAGCUGCCAGUGCUUUAUGUGUUUGGUAGAAAAGGAUCUUUGUAUCCCUUUUUAAUAAAGGAAUGUGUCAUUUUUUGAGAGUUAUUUAAUUAGAAAACAGUACCUCAGAGGUUAAAAAAAUUGUGAAAGGAUUUUGCAAUAGUGGAGUGGAUCAACUUAAUGUAUAGCAUCCAAAAUUGUGCAAUUUGUGCACCAUUGAUGUCAGUUAAUGUGGUAUACAUUUAUAUUAGGUUGGGAAUGUGAUAUAAAGUCCCUGAUGUUAUCCUGAGGAUAAUGUUAAAGAUGAUGUAUACAUACUAUAUACACAGUGUGUACAUUGAUUAAAGAAAAAAAAGGAGCUAAAGAACCAAUUGGAUUAAUUAAUCAUUUCUUGAAUGCAAGAUUUAAGCUCAAACCGCAACAAGUGAAUGACAGCGGCCUAGCUUUAGAUGCUAAAAGACGUGGCACAUAUGAUAAUGAGGGGCCCAUGUGCUGUAAACACAUAGUAAUGUAAAGGUUUCUUCAUAAGAAAGGGGCCGUGACAGCGUCGGCUGUGUGCUCCCAAGGGGGAUGGGUGUGAUGAAUGAAGCUUGUGUGCUUGCCCAGGCCUCAAUGCGCCAGUCUCUGUACAUUUUACACAUGUAAACAAAAUGCUGCAGUUUUUCUACUGACCUUGUCAUUGGUGAAAUAUAUCAUACAUUGUGCAUAUCAAUAUUAUUCCCUGUGUGACAGCUAAUUCUUCCUGGUUUUGAGUAUAAAAUCUUUGAAUUACAUACAGCAAUUGUAAACUGAUUUUUUUUUUCUGACUUGUUCCGUUUUUUUUUUCCUGCUUUUGCUCUUAUGAUUCCUUUUGAGGAGAAGUAGCACAUGUACUAGUGUAGGCAGGUUUUAUGACAAAUUAACAAAAAGAUGUCGCUGAAAACAUUUGUAAAGUCAUGAACGGAAAUAAAUGUGUAUAGAAAAUGA